AUGGCGAUGACGAAUACAACUACUGUAUGCAAGAAGAUGGAUAUGGAUCGGAUCAAGGGUCCAUGGAGUCCUGAAGAGGACGAGCUACUACAGCAGUUGGUGCAAAAGUAUGGACCAAGAAACUGGUCCUUGAUUAGCAAGUCUAUACCGGGGAGAUCCGGGAAGAGUUGCCGGUUGAGGUGGUGUAACCAGCUUUCACCACAGGUGGAGCACCGGGCCUUUACGCCGGAGGAGGAUGAGACCAUCAUCAGGGCACAUGCUAAGUUUGGUAACAAAUGGGCCACCAUAGCCCGACUCCUUUCGGGUCGGACUGAUAACGCGAUUAAGAAUCACUGGAACUCCACCCUGAAAAGAAAGUGCUCUUCUAUGAGUUCUGAUGAAGGGAAUGAAUUUAUGGAUUAUAACCAGCAGCCUUUGAAGAGAUCCGUCAGUGCCGGGUCGGGCGUUCAUGUCUCGGGUCUUUACUUGAAUCCUGGUAGCCCAACCGGGUCGGAUGCCAGCGAGUCAAGUUUACCGGUGAUGUCAGCUUCUCAUGUUUUUAAAUCGGUUGCAAGAGCCGGCGUCCUGUUCUCGUCUCCAGUCGAAACCGGGUCAUCGACUAAUGAUCCUCCGACUUCUCUCAGCCUGUCGCUUCCCGGAGUUGACUCGAAUUCCAAGCUUGACUCAACUCAGCCUAAAAGUCCCCUCCAACUUCUCUCUGUCCAACCACCGCCACUGCCUCUGCCUCCACCGGCUCCAGCAGCAUUGCCACAGGCUAAAGCUGCUACUGCAAUCCAACCUCAAACUCCAACUGAACAAAAGGCGACAUUUGGAUCAACUUCCGCGGUGGUACCACCGCCAUCACCACCGAUGCAGAUUCAACAUCAGCAAGAUAAAGUUUUUGUUCCUUUUACCGCAGAGUUGAUGUCGGUGAUGCAGGACAUGAUAAGAACAGAGGUUAGAAGUUACAUGAUGGGGCUAGAACAGCAAAAGCAGCAGCAACUGCAAUAUAUCCAACAGCAAUUUCAGCAACAACAGUAUCAGCAACAGCAUCAGCAUCAGCAACAGAUUGGGUUGUGCAUGCAGCAAGCAAAUGCAAAUGAAGGAUUCAGGAAUGCAACUAUGAAUCGCAUUGGAAUCAGUAGAAUUGAUUAA